CACCCGGCGUGCAUCUGGCCACUAUUCUCUUGUUCGCUCGAGCACUGUCGCCACUUACUUACAUACCACUAUCUUGUCUCGGGGUACAAGCGGUGAAGAAUUUAAGAUCGCGAAUCCGAGGCGCAAAUCACUCAUUGGCUUUGCAUCCACCAUCAACAAGCGCACACACACACACACACACUACAAGACAAGCAACACAGCGCAGGCGCAGUCUUUUGCAUACAACAGUGCCAUAACCAACCGGGCCGCGUAACCCUGUGAACGACAUAUCAAGAAAGAACAUUGCCAGACGUAUACAGCGACACGUCGCACACCCACCGGCCCUAUGACGUACCGCGACCACAAUGCAUAUGCAUACCCGCCCACCCGGCCACGGCCCCUCAUCGAGCUGAUACCAGACUAUCACGAAGACCUCGAUGUAUCAGACGAGGAAGACGGAUUCUACCAACGCGAAGACGACUUCUUCCUCCCACCCAAGGUCCAGGCCGCCAUCCUCCGCACAACCGACCGCAUCCCACGGAGAAUCAAGCGCCACUGCGCCGCAUACAUUUUCCUCUUUUUCCUGGGCAUUGCCAGUUGGUGGACAUACUUUGGCCCGCGUCGUGCCGCACUUGUCGAGGACCUGCAUCUGAUGGACAACGCGCCGACCAUGAGCUACGGCAUCCAGGUGCGCCCCGAGUUCAAGGGCAUGAUCCAGGUCACGGACAUGGACGAGCAGCAUUUGCCCAAGGAGAACAAGCGCCUCAUCUUCAUCGGCGAUGUCCACGGCUGCCGCGCAGAGCUUGAGCAUCUCCUUAACAAGGUCGCCUUUGACCAGUCGCGCGACCACAUCGUCAUGACGGGCGACAUGAUCGCAAAGGGCCCGGACUCUGCCGGCGUCAUCAAACUCGCCCGCAAAUACGGCGCCUCAUGCGUACGCGGAAACUGGGAAGACAAACUGCUCCUCUCCAUCGCCGAAGCCCAAGACCGCCACGUCCUCGUCAUGCCCACUGCCGACAACGACGAGGCAAAACUCGACUUUGUCGGCGCACCCACCGCAUCCCAAGGCAACGCCAAACUCCGAAAACUCGCAAAGCAAUUCUCCAAAAAGGACAUUGACUACCUCCGCCAAUGCCCCGUUAUCCUCCGCGUCGGCACCGUAACCAACCUCGGUGCCCUCGUCACCGUGCACGCCGGCCUCGUCCCAGACAUCCCGCUCGAGCACCAAGACCCCUUCCACGUCAUGAACAUGCGCAGUAUCGACCUCAAGACGAGGAUCCCCACGUCCAAGCACGGCGGGACCCCCUGGGAAAAAUUCUGGAACCAUCGCCAGCAGAAACUGAAGGCCAAGGAGCGUACGACGGCCAUUUAUGGGCAUAAUAGAAAGAAGGGGCUUAAUGUGCAUGAGUACUCGUUUGGGCUCGAUACCGGGUGUGUUAGUGGGGGGAAGCUUACCGCGCUUGUCGUGGAUGGGGAGGGGAAAGCGGAGAUUGUGCAGGUUAAGUGUGGGGUUGAGGGUGGUUAUGGGAGUGAGUAAGCGGGUUUAAUCAGGUGUCACUUGCCCGGACUUUUAUGUUGGGUAAUACUGUUUUGCAUCUUUAUGGCGUUUUUUGUUUGUUUGUUUGUUGUACGAUAGUUUAAAUAGAUGAGUGGGACAUGUUAUGGGCCAUUUUUUACGCAAGAAGAUGCAGCUGACUUCGUUUGUUGGGUGUGUUGAGUUGAUCUUGGAAUGGCAUAGUUUUGUAGAUUGUUGCUGUCAAAGCGAAUAAGCAAUAAUAUAGCUCAGAAAUGUGACUUGUAAGGUUAGAUGAAGUGUAGGCAGAUCACAUAUGGAGACACUAACAAUGCAUAUUAUUCUAUCUG